CCUUGGCGCGCAGCCAUACCCAGUCUGAGAACUGAGACAAGUCGCGGACGUCGUCCGCCGUCUGCUUCUCAAUCCAUAAGCCGGUCAAAGACAACAAGAAACAGUCCAUGGACACCAUAAGACUUCAGUCUUUGUCGCAUAAACAAAAUAGAUGUGUUGGAGUCCUAAUCUGACCUUCAAUCCAGUCGUCAGUGACCAAGGCUACCCCAACUCAAUCAACAACAGGCGUUAUCAAUCCACCCGCUUGCCCGCAGUCUAUACUUCCUUCUGAACACUCGAUCAAAGGCACUCCCCUCUCAACAUGGCCGCGAUUCACCGUCCUGCCCACCUUACACAUCAUGCCGCAAAGAUUGCUUCUGCCGCGUGCCUCGAGAAAUCCAGAGCCAUCGGCGUCCCCAUGAAUGUCGCCAUUGUCGAUGCCUCACUCUACCUCCUCCACUUCGAGCGAAUGCCCGGCGCAAAGCUGACGUCGGUGGACAUAUCUAUGAAUAAAGCUUUUACAGCUGCGGGUCAUCGUGCCCCAACUUCAGUAUAUAAAGAGGCCGUCUGGCCAGGCGGCGCAGCUUUUGGUUUGAACAGCAGCAAUGACGGCAAAUUCAUGUAUGUGGCUGGUGGUAUUCCCAUCGUGGUGGACGGCGAGGUGGUAGGCGCCAUUGGUUGCAGCACGGGAACACCGGCGCAAGAUACAGAGGUUGCUCAGGCGGGAGUCGAUGCUGUUCUCAGUUACAUUAAGAAGAACUCGCAGCUCAAAGCUAAGCUGUGAAGAGGGUCAACGAGCAAGAGCAGGGUUUGGGAGGAUAUGUGCUAAUGACUGUGCCGCAUUCCUGUCGAUAUUAUGCUACUUGACCAGGCUGGCGGAACAUGGGGCAUUUGAUUUGUACAGAAAAAGUCGGUCGUUUACGAGAAACAGAGAGUUGAGAUACUAUGAGUUGCCAGAAGUAAUGAAUGUCUGGCAUGCUCAUGUAAUGAGCAAGCAGGACGUUCAUAAAAGAGGGGAUGUUGCUACUGCUGAACAUCACUUGAGCAGUGUCGACCCCUUUGCAAGCCUCCAUGCCACCUAUAUCUAAGACAAAACAAAGAACGCACAUGGCCCAUAAAGGCUUUAAUGACGCUACGAGUAAACCGUGCCGGUG